GUCAUCGCUCUGUUUUCGUCGUUUUUCUUUAUCAAAAACCUUUGUCGAAUCGAAAAUUUAGUCAGCGGCGACAAAUCUCAGUGAAUUGUGCGUAAAUUUCAUGGUGAAACCCGCACCGAAACCAUGGAAGCCGUACCGCGGAUGCCGAUGGUCAGCUUCGACCUCAAGUCGUCCCCGGAACCGACCUCUUUCGAGCCGCUGAAGCAGUACAUUGCGGAGUAUUACGACGAAGAUCCGGACUCGUACUCGAAGGAAUGCUACCAGCUGGACCAGUUGCGGAACGCUGCUUCGCGGCCAACGCAGGACGUCGAGGGGACGGCGCUGAUGAAGCGAUAUUACUGUCAGCUGCACUCGAUCCAGAACCGGUUCCUGUUGAACCAGCUGCCGGAGAGUCAGCAGAUGUUGCAGUUUGCCUGGCGGGAUUUGUACGCCGGGUCGACGCAGAAAUCGACAAUCAAGUUCGAGAUGGCCGUGGUGUUGCAUAAUUUCGGUGCCCUGCACACGCAGCUGGGCGCGGCCGAGGCCCGGUCCGAUCCGGAGAGCAUGAAGAAGGCGUGUACGCACUUUCAGUGUGCUGCGUGGGCCUUUGGCUUCAUCAAGGACAAUUACGCGCUGCUGCUGCAGGGCGAUCUCUGCACAGAAGUGUUGAUCUUCAAGCAGGCCCUUUGCUUCGCCCAGGCCCAGGAGUGCAUCAUGGAGAAGAGUUUGUGCGACAACCGCAAGUCCGGCAUCAUCGCCAAAGUGACCGCCCAGAUUGUCACCUACUACAACUCGGCUUUGGCCGCCCUGCUAACCCAAAACGGCGAAGACGGCCGCAUCCAGGACAUUGUCGGCAGCAAGCAGUUCAAAGAGUGGCGCAAGUACGUCAAGUUCAAGAUCUCCUACCUGUCCUGCAUCCUGCUGCUCUACCAGGGCCAGCAAGUCGAGGAGCAGCAAAAGAUGGGCGAACGCGUCACCCUUUACCAGGCGUCCUUCGACAAGCUGGAAGAAGCUCGCAAAGAGUCCAAAAACCUGGCCCACAUCGACCAGGUCAACGACGCGCUCCAGUUCACGAUGGACGUGGUGGAAGCGAAGCGCAAGUCCGCCAAAAACGAAAACGAAUUCAUCUACCACGAAGAGGUCCCGGAGCUGAGCUCGAUUUCGGCCGUGCAGGGUGCCAAUCUGGUGCACGGGAUUGGGUUCGACGUGACCGAUCCGGAAGCGAUGGGCGAUGACAUCUUUCACCGGCUGGUGCCGAUGAAGGCGCACGAGAGCAGCUCGGUGUACAGCGAGGAGAAGGCGACCCUGCUGCGGACGAUGGGGACGAAGGUCGAGGACAAGGACGCCGAGCUGGCUUCGUUCAUGAGCUCGCUCAGCCUGGACUCGAUCAACCUGCAGCACCCGUCCGGCGCCAACGAGUCCCGCCUGCCGCAGGGUCUGGUCGACCGGUGCGCCGACCUGAACGCCAAACCCAGCGCCAUCCCCGAUCUGGUGCAGUCCAUGUCCAGCCUGGCGGAGACCUGCUCGGACGUGGAGGUGAUGCUGAAGGAGAUUAAGCAGCUGCUGCGCCAGGACGAGAUCCAGGAGGAAGGGUAUCAGGCGAAGAUUGGGCAGCGGUCGAACGGGGGUGGGCACAUUGCGGAGUUGGCGAGGGAGUUUGCGAAAUAUCAGGAGGCGCAUAAUAAGGCUGGGGAGAGUAACGAUACGCUGCGGAAGGCGAUGGGACUGCACGUGCAUAACUUGAAGAUUUUGGCGCAGCCGUUGAAGGAUAUUAAGGAGCAGAUUCCGGCGAGUGGGGAGCAGUUUGACGAGGGGACGCUGAAGGAGUUGAGGGGGAUUUUGGGGAAGGUUAAUGAGAUGAAGAAGCAGCGGGGCAAGUUGUACGGGGAGUUGAGGGUGAACAUUACGAACGACGAUAUUACGUCGCAGUUGAUUGCGCUGGAAAGUGGCGGGUCGGAUGGGAAGAAACGGAUGCAGGAGCUGUUUAGGAAGGAGUUGGGCAAGCACGAUCAGCUGGUGGCGCUGCUGGAUGCGAACUUGAAGGCGCAGGGGAAUAUCUUGAAGGCGUUGACGGAUAUUUACGCGCGUUGUGCGCCGAUCAUCAAGGGGAUCAGUGAGUCGAAGACGAAGCGGGAGCAGUUCUUUUCGUCGCUGCAGGGAUCGUACGAUGUUUAUGAGGAUUUGCUGUCGAAGAGUGCGAAGGGGUUGGAGUUUUACAAGAAGUUGCAGGGGAAUGUGCAGAAGUUGUACUCGCGGGUGAAGGCCGCUUGCGACGUUCAGGACGAGGAGAGGAACCAGAAGCUGAAGUCGAGUAAUUUGAUGAAGAAGCAGCAGGACGUGGUGAAGGAGGUUCCGAAGGUUUCUGGGGGUGGUGGAGGCGGUCCGAAGUUGAAGGACUACUUGAAGAGCGGGAAUAUUACGCUGGGGUCGAUCAAGGCUUCCGGGGUUGAUACGAACGCGACUUCCGCGUACAUUCCAACGGUGCGUCCUGCUCCGGUUGGUUCGGAGAGUACGGCACCGACGUCGAGUUCUGGUGCGGGGGCGUACUACCAGGACUCGUACGCGAACUACAACUACUAUUCUGCGGCGGCUUCAGCCGCCAAUACUGCACCAACUCCGGACUACUCUCAGUACUACCAACAGCAGCAACAACAACAUCAGAUGACCUACGGUCAGACCAUGCCCGCCUCUACAUUCCAGUCGGCGCAACCGACGAACACCGUAUCGCAGAGCCAACCUCCGACAACGGGUUACGUCAACCCGAUUUACCAGAACUCGUCCGGCUAUUACAAUGGACGUCAAUCGCUGGACUACGGACAAUAUCCGGCGGCGCAACCCUCACCGGCGCUCUCCUCAGCGUCUUCAAACGAAGUUGCGCCUGCGGCGCCGCAGCAACAACAGUGGAACUCGAUGACCCAACAGUUUGGAGCGAUGAAUCUCCAGCAACCAACGGUAGAUCCUGCCAGCUAUUCGACCAGCUAUCAACAACCCGAUCUGCAGCAGCAGCAGCAAUACGCUGCUCAGAAUGGUCAAUCCUACGCCGGUUACAACACUCAGUACUACCAACAACCUUCUCCCGUACCUCAGCAACAAUAUCCGCAGCAGCAAGCUACGCCGCAACCUGCGGCGGUUCAGGAAGCUCCCAAGGCGCAAGAACCGGUAGCGUCGUACCCGGCAACCUAUCCCGGCUACACGUACAAUCCUCAAACGGGCGGUUACGACUACACCGGGCAGUACAGUCAGGCCUCGUACACGAAUCAGUACAGCGUGGCUCAGCCGACGGUCACGACUUCGUCUACGACGACGGACACAACCGCUACAACCGGGUUGUACUACGGAACUCAAGCUACGCCAAUGCCGACUACCUACGACUACAGUCAACAGCAGCAACCUCAACAAACGGCAACCGUUGAACCGACUCCUUACUACGACUACCAGCAAGCUCAGCAGCUACCGGCGCAGCCGGUUCAGGACCCGUCCCAGCAGUACUAUCAGCAAGGACAAAUCCAAAAUCCUUACUACGGCUACCAACAGCCAACCGUAGAUCCCGCUGCAGCAGCUGCCCAACAAUCAACUCAGUAUUCCAGCUAUCCAGCCCAAACCGCGACAUACCCCGCAACCUACCCAACCCCCUACCAAGAACCACCCGUCCAACAACCUCCCCCUAUCGAACAACCUCCGCCAACUCCCGCCGUAACCGCCGCCGCCCCAACUCCAACCCCCCAACCCGUCGUCGCCGCCCCAAUUCCAAAGCGUUCCUCGAACCUGGACCUCCUCUCCGGCAUCGACUUCACCCCGGCCCCCGUCGAAGCACCCGUCCUGCAACCCCAACAACCAGCCUCCGCCGCUGCCCCCGCGGAAGACGACAUCAAGAGUGAAGUCCUCACGCCAACCAAAGCACCACCACCCCCGGUUGAUCCCACUCCCACUUCCCAACAAACCCCCCAACCAACCAUCGAUCGCAAGCCCAGCCUGGACAACCUGUCGCUCUGCUCGGACCUCAGCUCGAUCGACCAGAACUUUGACUGGGAGAGUGCGUCGCUGAAGGCGGCAAGACCCCCCGUUGCGGAUUCGGCAAGUGUUGUGGCACCUUCGGUGCCGGCCAGUAUCCUGGUCGAGGCGGUGCGCGAUCCGUUCGAGGAUCAACCCACCCUUAAGUGGUUCCACAAGGAGGUCGAGCGGUUGGAGAAGUUUUGCGAGAGCUUGAACGUGAAGACGCUGAACGGGACGACGCCGUUGGAUGGGAAGUGGAAGGAGCUGCAGGAUAUGUUGGUGAAGGAGGAAUCCAAGCGACAGGUUGGGGUGGCGAAGCUGUUCCCCGAGAAGAAUCGCUCCGUCGAUUGCGUGCCGUACGAUCAUGCCCGGGUGACGCUGCCGACCGAGACGGACAACUACAUCAAUGCGGUGUACGUGAAGUUUGAAAAGGAAAAAUCAUCGGACCUCGGCUUUGGCUGUCCCCAGAUGAUUUUGGCCCAGACACCGCUGCAGAACACCGUGAAUGACUUCUGGAACAUGAUCUGGUCCCAAAAGUCAAAUCUCGUCGUUUGUUUGCACACCCCAACGGAGAUCCUGGACACCUUCUGGCCGACGGAGCCGAACCAGGAGCUGAGCUACGGCGACGUGUCCGUCACGCUGAUCAAGCAGUUUGACCUGACGCACUGCAUCGAGCGGGCACUGCGCGUCACGAUGCUCGGUUCGGACGUGAUCCUGAACGUGUCGCUGCUGCAGAACAAGCUGUGGCCUCGGCAGGCUGGGGCGGCCGAGUAUUUGCUGGGGAUCGCGCAGAACGUGAUCGGUGCGUACCGGCAGCAGAACCAGGGCCAGAAGCAGCAGCUGAAACCGUUGAUCGUGAACUGUUUGACCGGGAGCGAUCGGUCCAGCUUGCUGGCGGUUGCGGUGGCGGCCAUUUUGGCGACGCAGACGCGGAAGCCCAUUUUGAUAAACAUUGUGGACAUUUGGUACCGCAUGUGCUGCCAGCGGAAGGGUGCCCUCCGGGAUCCGAGCCACAUCCAGCUGUCGUACCAGAUUGUGCUCGCCAACGGUCACAGUAUUCUGAACAAACGAGGCAUCAUGACCUCGUACCAGAUGAAGUCGGUGCAGGCGACGGCCACGGCCGAAAAGGAGGAGGCCAUUAACGACCCCUUCAAAGAUCUGGAUCCGCUGUGGAAAUUGAAGUGAGCACC